AAAAUCAUUUAUACAAAUUUUCAUGCGAUGAUGCGAAGUUCAUUUUUCAUUUUCUUAUGCUUUGCAGCCACUAAUGCUAUCGAAGAGCCAAUUCAGGAGAAAAAAAUUUCAAAUCAACAUGCGCUGUUCAAUUUUCAUUUUGGUAUGCUUUGUAGCCACUAAUGCAAUCGAAGAGACUGAAAAUUUCGCUGCUGGCGGUGGACAUGCCACCGGAGGAGGACAUAGUUCUGGAGGAGGACGUGGUUCCGGAAGUGAAGGUGGUACAGGUGGUGGAAAAGGAGGAGGAGGAGGUGGCGGAGGAGGCGGUGGUAGUGCUGGAAAAGGAAAAGGAUAUGGUGUAAUAGGGGGUGGCUACUACGGCGGUGGUAGAACUUACGGUGGUGGCUACUACGGUGGUGGAGCUGGAUAUGUACCAUCUUACUAUUAUUACAAUCCUUAUUAUUACCACUACUACUAUUUCUACCACGGUUACCAUUCUCACGAAGACUACGGACCAGUUGAACCUCAACUACCCGAAGGAACCGCCCAAGAUAAAGCUGAUGCGGCGAAUAUCGUCAAUGCUCAAUUCAGUGAGAAAGUCAUCGCCUCCAUACUUCCAUUUCGGGAGCAACUCAAUCGUCAAGUGAUCAAUAGCCUAAUUGCCAAUUACAAUAACGGAAAACGUCUCAUUGAGAUGAAAUAUAAACCACUUCAUAAAAAGAAUCCAAUAUUCAAGGAUUUGUGUUUUGGUUUGGUCAACGAUCCAAUCGCGGUACUAGCCAUGUAUUUGGGAGAAUUCCUGCACAAAAGAGAUGAAACUUUCAUCAUUAUCGCUUUGACGCUGUGUCAAGAAAUGAGUGCGAUGCAUUUCAUUUACAACCACAGGCAUAAAAACGGACUGACUAAAAGGCGUAGAGCACAACGACACCCGUUCGCCAAUUUAAUGAAAGUUUGGGUAGCCAAUGAUCGAGAUCCUGUAGAUGCUGCUGUUGUGCAAACAGAUGUAGACAAUGCUGCAAAAACUUUGGAAGAUGAAUAUCCGCAUUGGAAGGAAACACGAGAUUCGCUGGAAGACACGUUAAUUUACAAAAGCUUAAAUUUUUCAUCAGCUGUAAUAACCAAGUUUGAAACCGAUCUAAACAUAAAAUUCGACGAUGCCAUCAAAGCGAAAAUCAAAAAUCAUGAUUUAGUCGACGCGUACACUUCAUUAACUUAUUAUGUGAAGAACAAAUACGAUUACAUGGCAACAGUAAUGCUAAAUCAUUCUGAUGGUCAUGACCGUUGGGCUGUUUGGAUCAUGAUGAUAGGUAUCACCAUUCACGAUGACUGGCCCAAGAUCGACGACCUUUUCAAACAAAAAAACAAUGGAGUAUCAUUAAAGGAUCAUAUUUUGAAAGCCACCGACGAUCCUGAUCGAAUUAUUUAUGAAAUGAUGGCUGUUAUGAUAGAUCCUACCUAUAAACCAACCUAUCUCUGAAUACGAGUAUUUUUAAGGAACAGGCGUUUUUCAACCGUGUGAUUCUGCUUUCUGAAGCAAGACGAAUUUUUUGAAAUAUUCAUACUUUUGUAAACAAAUAAACAAAUAUUUUUA